AUGGUCGCGCAGGCACACAGAGAAGAGGAGGCUGAAGUGGAAGUUCUAAACGCUAAUCUCACCAAGCUCAAUCUCCUUACAAAGAAGAUCCAAGGUUCCAUCGUCCGCCUCGAUACCAGCGGCCAAGUCGUCAAAGAAGCCAUCGGACCUAUAUACAGUAACACGCAGCAGCUGCAAAUCACGAACACGAAUAUCCUCCGUGUCAGUGAGGCUAUUGAACGACUUCGUCAACCGCUAGAUGCAAAGGGGCGAGAAGAGGGUGUGAUCCGUGCUGGUCCUGCAACCGCUGGCCUUCAGCAGUAUCUAGGGGCCUUACAGCGAGUGGAUCAUGCAUUGACAGAUUUAACAAGCUCCAACUUGAGAUCCAAUCAGCAAGCCAUUGCUGAUUUCAACAAGCUGCUUGCUUCUGGAAGUAGCCAGCUUCAGGAUCUUUUUCGACAAGCGUUGCAGCAAGAUGCGCAACCCGUGGAGCCUUUACACUAUAUCACCAAGGGCCUGGAGUUCCCAACCAUUCCGGAUCAAGAACUCUCUCAGCUCAAGCCAACUGCUGCUGCAAUCACAUCUGCCUAUACGAAAUCAUCACGUUCUGCUAAGCGCGACGAAAACCCGGCAAUACGGGUUUAUGCAGAGAUCAGAGGACCGUAUCUUAGCAAUAGUCUGCAAAACUUGGCUACGGCAUCGAUCAACACCUCCACUAAAAGAGGCCAGGAUGCUGGCAUCUACAGAGAAGGCACAAGCGGUAUCGGAGCAUAUGCGAACGGUCUGGAAGGAAUGAUUACUGCAGAAGCUGACAAUGUCUCCAAAAUCUUCCCGACCAGCGAAGUAGGGCAAGCGAUAGAAGCGACUUGCCAAAAUGCCAUGGCAGUAUUUGCGAAUACACUGAUGGAGCUAAAUACGUUCAUCAAAUCACGGAUUUUGACCGACUGCUUCCUCGCGUUCGAGAUUAUCGACCUAGUCACGCCCAUUUCCUACCGCCUCGAGACACGCACUGGCGCUAGACUUAAAUCCCAAUUUUCUGAUGCUCUUCGUCCAAUAAGAGAGACCGCCCGAUCGUCGGUUUCUGAACUUCUUGAGCAGACCCGCCAAAAGGCAUCCGCCGUUGCUGUUCUGCCCAACGAUGGUAAUACCGUUCCCCUGGUCUCCGAAACAAUGCAACGCAUCUCCACCCUAUCUGUCUACUCUCAACCUCUCCAAGCCAUUCUCUCCUCCAUUGGCGAUGGCAAGUGGCGCAUAGCCUUGACCCCCACCCUCGAGCCAACCACUACCCCGUCCGCCAUUGACUCCACAACUCUCGUAUCCAAUUACCUCACUGACUUUCUCGAUACCCUUCUCGCCAACCUGGAAACCCGCGCCAAAGCCUUCCACCGCAGCAAAUCCCUCCAGGGCUGCUUUCUCUCCAACAGCUACGCCAUCGUUGAGCGCUCCAUCCGCUCCUCCCCCGACCUCUCCCGCCACCUCACCAGCUCCCCCACCCACAAGGCCUCAUCCCUCUACCUCGAUGCCUGGAAAGACCCCUCCUCCUACCUUCUCGACGUGCAAUACACCUCCCGCACCUCCAAUCCACAAGGCAGCAGCGGCGGUGGCAAUGCGGCCAACCGGCCCGUCAGCGGCAGCGCCAUCGACAGCGCCACCAUUGUCAAGGCCCUCUCCAGCAAAGACCGCGACAAGAUCAAGGAGAAAUUCAAGGCUUUCAACUCCAGUUUCGACGAGAUGGUCGCGAGGCACAAGAGUCUGUACAUGGAGAGGGAGGUGCGCAGCGCGCUGAGCAGGGAGGUUCAGGCCCUGAUCGAGCCGCUGUAUGCUCGGUUCUGGGAUCGGUAUCAUGAGGUAGAUAAGGGGAAGGGGAAGACGGUCAAGUAUAGUAAGGCGGAUCUGGCGACGUUAUUGAUUGGGUUGGCUUAG